AUGGUUAGAUUCUGUAACAGUUCUUUCUUUCCAUUCUCUUUUCAUCGUUUUGCAAAUUUUCUUAUUUAACUAUUGCGUGCAUGUCUUUGCUGACUUGAAGAUGUUCUUGGGAGCACUGUGACUACUUAGAAUUUUUCUCAUCUUAUCUUGAGGGCCGUUUGGAAACAGAGAAGGUUAGUAUUAUUUCUUUCAUUGGGAACUUGCUGGAAUGUUUAUUUGCACUGUGGAAUAACUAACGUGAAUCCAAAAAAUAAUUGAUUCAGUUUUCAAGAGUUAUAUGUCCUAACAGAUUAUCAUAAAGCUUUUGUCCCGUGGUCUUUAAGAUUAUCAUUGUCCCUUGAAAUUUUGUUUUUAUCCAUAGCCCCUGAAGCUACAUUCACUUGUCAUGUACAUUUCAAGGUCCAAGCGACUAACGGCUAUAAAAUGUUAAGACUUGGGAAUUCAUGUAAACAACAGCUUAUAUAGAUUAUACAUUUUAUAAAUGAUUCAAACAAUAAUACUUUUGAGAUUAUUAACAUGAGUAGCAUGAAGCAGACUUCAUGUCUGUCAGUCACAAAAUUCGCAUGAGGAAGUGCAAGUUGCAUUCUCACUAACCUGCAGCUGAAAUGAUGAGGAGCGGUGAACUGCGAUAUUCAUGUGUCCUGCUGGUCUCUUUGCUUAAUACUAAUCGAGUUGUCUUAUGCAUUCAAAAGAUAAAAUAGAAGAGGCAUUAGGCAUACAGAUUCACCCAAAUAGUCUGCUUUUGACGGUGAUAAGCACUUUAAACAUGGAAUAACUUCUGAAGCUAUCAACUGAUCAUUGAGAUUGCAUCACGCUAUAGCGGGAUAUUUCUCCAUUUUCCUGACUGCAGAUGCUUGCUCUCAGGACAUGUUUGGCAUGAGGACCACAAAAGGUUUCUCUGUUAUGAUGGGGUUUGUUGCACUUGCUUCUGUGACGUUACUUGGGGUUUAUGUUUGGUUUAUCUGUCUGAAACAAAUGGCGGCGUACAACCCCAUUGUAUACAGUAAGCCUAUACGGGGGAUGAACCUGGGCGUUGAAGAGUGUCUAACGUCAGGUGCUCGGCCUGGAAACAGGUCACAUUAUCCGAGACCAACGAGUUAUAGCAGGUGCCGAACACUAUCUUCAACCUUUGAUGUCUCUCUUUUGUCUUCGUCGCUAAUAUCAAUUGAUAUCUCAACAGGGCCGAGUGCGCAUGCAAUCCUGUCCAUUUCUUUGCAAUUCUGUCCAUGCAGAGGUCUGGAAGUGGAUGGUUUGAAACUUUAUUGAACAGCCACCUCAAUGUUAGCUCUAAUGGGGAGAUAUUUUCAGUGAAACAGAGACGGAGUAACGUCUCAUCUAUCUUGAGCACCCUAGAUAAGGUGUACAACCUGGACUGGUUUAGCAGUGCUUCUAAAAAUGAAUGUUCAGCUGCAGUUGGUUUCAAGUGGAUGUUCAACCAGGUAAGAAAGAUAUAUGGUACUGUGCCUCAUGCUGGAUAUUCUCUUUAGGAAAUAUAUCCCAUCUUUUGUCAAGUUCUUGAAGGCUUUUUGACAGUACGUGAGCUUCCAAUACUCAUGGUUUUGCCCUCCUAACAGAUUUAAUGGGAAUUCAAGCGACCUCUCAUGGUUACAGCAUGUUGGCCAAAUACAUCACAAAUGUUAAUACCCAUUCUUCAAUGGGGAUACUUUUCUGAGUCCAUAUCGCAGUAGUUUGCAUCUCAUUUGGCACACAUUAGCCAAUCAGCAUUCUCCUAACACUUCAACAACCGAUAAGAAGUGUUUGUAUGACAUAACAUGGCAUCUUAUGCAUGCGCAUCUUUCAAUGGAUGAAAUCAUCAUUUCCAUAAUGAUGAUAUCCACCUCAUGUUAUUCUGAAGCAGCCUAUAUGUUCCAUGUCCUCGCAUUUCCAAAGGUUACUAGCCCAUGCUUAUGCUUUGUAUCUCAAUGUGUGUUUGUGCUCAUUCCGUACAGCUUAAAUCAGUAGAACUAAUGUCUUGCUGAUGGGUAAUACAGGGCGUGCUGAGAUAUCACGAAGAUGUAGUUGACUACUUCAAGCGAAGAGGAGUUUCUGGAGUAUUCCUUCUGAGGAGAAAUCUCUUGGACAGGAUGAUCUCCAUUAUUGCAAACACGUAUGAUCAGAGUGUGAAGCCGCUCAAUGGGACGCACAAAUCACACGUGCAUUCGAAAGAAGAGGUCGCCGUUCCUCUGUCUUCCAUUAAGAUCGGAAACCCUGCCUACCCACCUCCUUGAGAUUCCCCUCAAUCUUUCUCUCUCCUUUCCUCUUUCAGGCUGAAGUGCUGGCGAGCUACAAGCCGACGAUUAAUGUGAGCUCAUUGAUACCUGAUCUCAGACGGGCAGAAGAGAUGGCGGCCGAAGCAGUGGAAUACUUCAAGAGCACUCGCCACAUGAUUCUUUACUACGAGGACAUCGUCAACAAUCACUCGGUGAAUUGCUCUUAAAGCGAUCGAUCUCGACCACUUACCUCCUUGAACGCCCCCUGCCUUUUUGAAAGCCUGACGCUGACUCUUUUGUUCCAUACACGCUGCAGAAGCUGAUGGACGUUCUAGAUUUUCUUGAGAUUCCUCGAAGAGAUCUGAUCAGCCGCCAGGUCAAGAUCCACACGAAGCCUCUAUCGGAGCAGAUUGAAAACUGGGAGGAAGUCAGGGAUGCGCUCAAAGGGACGAAGUAUGAGGGCUUCCUAGCUCCCCGAGGUAACCCAUCACAGCCUCCCCGGAGAUCAAGACGCCAUGUGAUGUAG